UAGAAGAAGAGAGAUUAGUCUUCUUUCUUUAUGUCCCCCACAUUGUAUUGUUCCUCUUACCUCUUCUUUCAGAAUCUCAUUGUCAUACUUCUUACUGUCUCCAUCCCUUUCUUUCCUAAUUCCUCUCCUUCCUUUGUCUCUUCCUAUGUUUCUUCUCAUUUGCCUUUCCCCUCUUCUUUCCUCUGUUUUUUUUCACAACCAAUCCUUUUGUUUACUUCAAAUGUAUUAUUAUGACUUGUGUUAACCAAGUUUUCUAACUUCCUUUUACUUAUUUAACUACUAUUUCGAAUACCCAUCAACCAAAUUUGCUUAAAAAUAUGUUCUUUCUUUGUUAAACUUGAUUUCUUUCUCUUCAUCUUGUGAGAAAAUUAGAAAUAUAAGAAAAGAUUGGAUCUUUUGUUUCUUCUUUUCAUUCUAACUUUUAAUGAUUGGUUUGAGAGAAACUUGAUCCUCUUCAACAUUUUUUUGUUGGGAUAACUCCACUUUUUAUUUUUUUUUUUCAAAUUUGUGGUAUAAAUUGAUCUUGAAUCCAAGUAUAUACCAAAAAGAAAGAACUCAAAUUUGUGGGUAGUGUUCUAUAUGAAUUACUGAAAACAAUGACAGAUGGGAGCUACAAAAAGAGCAAGCUUUCAUGGCCCAAAACAUUGGUGAAGAAAUGGUUAAAUAUCAAGAGUAAAGCUGAAGAAUUUCAUGCAGAUGAUAUCUUCUUUGAAGGUUGUGAUGAAGAUUGGAGAAACAAUUUGUCUGAGAGAGGGGCAUGCACUCUCAAGAAAAGCAAAACAGAAAGGCCAUAUAGAAGGAGUUAUGAUCGUCCUCGCCGCGUUAAGAUUGAUUUAGAUACUACUCAAGUCACUGAUGUAGAAAAUUAUAGGAUCUUUGUAGCAACAUGGAAUGUAGCUGGAAAAUCUCCUCCUAGUCAUUUGAAUCUUGAAGAUUGGCUUCAUACAUCACCUCCUGCUGACAUUUAUGUUCUUGGCUUUCAGGAAAUUGUUCCUCUGAAUGCUGGUAAUGUUUUGGGUACAGAAGACAAUGCACCAGCUAAGAAAUGGCUAUCACUAAUUAGAAGAACACUAAACAGUCUUCCUGUUUCAAGUGAUUAUUAUCGAACACCUUCGCCAGUCCCUGAUCCUAUUGUAGAAUUAGAUUCUGACUUUGAGGGAUCAACAAGACAAAAGGCCUCUUCGUUUUUUCAUAGACGGUCGUUUCAUUCCCUUAGUCGGAGCAUGAGGGUAGACAAUGAUAUGUUGGAGCCCCAACCACGGCUUGAUAGAAGGUUUAGUAUUUGUGAUCGUUUUAUGUCGGGACAAAGGGCUUUUGAUUAUGAUCCUAAUUAUCAUUACUACUCCUCGGAUGAUGAAAACGCCAAUGAAUCACCGGUUGUACCACAUUGUUCACCUAUGUCCUAUUACAAUGGAAGUUUUCCCAUGGAGGAGACUGAAAGACAAGGCGGUCAGUCAAAGUACUGUAUGGUUGCAAGCAAGCAAAUGGUGGGGAUAUUUCUCACUGUUUGGGUAAGAAGUGAUCUAAGAAAUGAUGUUCAGAAUAUGAAAGUAUCAUGUGUAGGAAGAGGAUUAAUGGGGUAUCUCGGAAACAAGGGUUCGAUUUCUAUAAGCAUGUCUUUGCAUCAAACGAGUUUUUGUUUCGUUUGUAGUCAUCUAACUUCAGGGCAAAAAGAGGGCGAUGAGCUACGAAGGAACUCCGAUGUCAUGGAGAUACUUAAGAAGACUAGAUUUCCUCGUGUUCAUGGCAUCGGUGAUGAGCAUUCUCCUCAGCAAAUUUUGGACCAUGAUCAAAUCAUUUGGCUUGGGGAUUUGAAUUACCGGAUUGCACUGUCUUACCGGUCUGCCAAGGCUCUCGUUGAGAUGAGAAACUGGAAAGCACUGCUUGAGAAUGAUCAGCUAAGCAUACAGCAGAGACAGGGGCGUGUUUUCGAGGGAUGGAACGAAGGAAAAAUAUGCUUCCCUCCUACGUACAAAUACUCCCAAAACUCGGACAGAUAUGCUGGUGCCGAUACACAUCAGAAAGAAAAGCGAAGAACUCCCGCAUGGUGUGAUCGUAUUUUAUGGUUCGGGAAAGGCCUUCGUCAACUAUCUUAUGUUCGUGGUGAAUCCAGAUUCUCCGAUCAUAGGCCAGUUUAUAGCGUGUUUUUAGCGGAGGUACAGUCUAUAAACCGAGGCAGAAUCAAGAAAAGUAUGAGCUGCUCAAGUGCCCGGAUUGAAGUGGAGGAGCUACUGCCUCAAGCUCAUGGAUAUGGUGGAUUCAAUUAUUACUAAAAGGAUUGAUUUUCUUCAUAUCAAACAAUUUGGUAAUAUUCACAAGAAAAGACCAGAUGUUCCUUGUUUAGGUGCACAUUGCAAAAGAACCUUUGGAAGGUAGUGGCACUGUUACAAUGCAAGUGAGUAUAAUGGUGAAAGUGACAUCCCACCAUCAUCCUUCCCCAAAAAAGAAUAAGUACUCUUACUAAAUAGGUCAAACUUGAGCAAUUCCUUGCUACUAACCCCACAACUCUGAUACUUACCAUUUUUUCAACUUCUAUCUACCUCUUGGAGAAACCUAGACUCUUUGAAUCCUACAAAACCCAUAAUAGUUAAUAUUAUCACACUUCAAACAUGCCAAAUAGUCAGAUUUCGACAGAUAUUCACCAUUUUUCCUAGUAAAAAACUUGAAGAUGUUCAUUUGUUAACUAGGGUGAAAUGCCCAAAAUACAAGGCUAGACUCAAUAGUGUUCAAUCACCGAGAUUUUGCCUCCUCCAAGCUGCGUAUAAUCGCGUACUUAUUUGGCAAUAAGCCGAAUGUGAAGUAGAUAUAGGAAUGUAAGGUGACAAUUUUUACAAUUGCAAGUACAAAGGAGCAAAAAGAUGAACAUAAUCUUUGCAGGUUGUUCAAGAGUUGUACUAUCCAUGUAUAAAGCUACUUACAUGUAGGACUAAGAGAUGGCAAUAUGUAAUGACAAUCAUUUUUUGGACAGUAAUACAAAGUAAAAGAACAAAGAAGAAACAUUCAAGUUUUGAUUGAUCAAUAAGCUUCUUUAUUCAGUA